AUGGCAAAACAGACUGCCUCACAAAUGAUCUUCUUGACACUGAACCACAACAUCACCCUCAUAGGGAAAGCAUGGCUCAUCCUGAUGAUACUCUCAAGGAUCCUGAUCCUGUUGUUUGCUGGAUAUCCCCUCUAUCAAGAUGAGCAGGAGCGGUUUGUGUGCAACACUAUUCAGCCCGGUUGUGCCAAUGUCUGCUACGACAUGUUUGCCCCUCUUUCCCUUUUCCGCUUCUGGCUGGUUCAGCUCACCACCAUCUGCCUUCCUUACUUGAUGUUCGUCAUCUACGUCAUUCACAAAGUGAAUUCUGGUCCUACUGUUGCUUCUGAGUCCAUCAAAGCAGAUUCCGUCUACAAGAUCCACCAAGAAUCAUUCAAGAAAGCAUCUCUUUGUAAGACUGAUGUGCCGCCCGGAAAGGGGCGCUUGCAGCAUUUCACAGGAGCUUACAUCUUGCAUUUGUUUCUUCGGAUGAUUCUCGAAGCUGGAUUUGGAGCUGCCCACUACUACCUGUUUGGCUUCCGCGUCCCCAAACGCUUCAUGUGCCAGCAGUCGCCCUGCACAACCAUGGUGGACUGUUACAUCUCCAGACCAACUGAGAAAACCAUCAUGCUGAACUUCAUGUUAGGGGAGGCCGCUCUUUCUCUGCUGCUCAACGUGUGCGACCUGAUCUGUGCCGCCAAGCGUUCCGUGAGGCAAAAAAGCAAACGAAAAAUGCUGGUGAAGGAGAUGUAUGCAGAGGAACAGUAUUACCUGUCGGGCAACGGGAGUCAAGCUCUGGACACCAGCAUCUCACCGCCUAAAGACACGGUGGUCUCUGAAGGGUUCCGGAAAAGAGGGAUCAGAGUCUCAAGUGGCGAUGAAGCGGCUUCCAUCCUAUUAGACGACGACCCUCCACCAUCAUCCACUCUUGGAGGAACGCCGGGUUCCAACAACGAUGAUAGCGCUAGCUACCAACCCAACCAGGAAGAAGGGAUGGUGCGAGGGGGAAGUGAGGUGGCGUUGUGUCCCAAUGAGCCUUUGGGGACUCCCAGAUCCAUCCGGGUUAGCAAACGUGGCCGCCUCAAGCCUCCGCCACCUCCGCGACGGGACAAAGCAGCCGGUCAAGGGGCGAUGGAUGUCUCUGGAGGAACAUCGUUGUGUGCCAAGAGAAUGGGACAGUAUACACUUGUAGAAAUGACCACGGGUGACGAUAUGCCAACUUGUGGUGGAGACGGGGAGGAGAAACGGUCCGAGUGGGUGUGA